AUGAAAUCUCCUAUCCCCGACUAUCUUCACCAGGUAUUGGAAAAUGCCCGCCCGGAGGAGUCCGGAGAGCUUGCCAGCUACAUCGAUGUCUUGGCUAAAGCGGACCCCUCCAAAAUGGCCAUUGCGCUGUCGACUGUAGAUGGGAAUCUCUACUCGGCCGGGGACGACGAGGUUGAAUUCUCCAUCCAGUCCAUUUCCAAAGCCUUCGUGUAUGCUCUGGCUAUUGAGGAUGCUGGGCUGCCACGAGUCUUGGAAAAAAUCGGGGUGGAACCAUCCGGCGACGCAUUUAACAAGCUGUCGUUGCAACCUGGUACCAACCGACCAAUGAACCCCAUGAUCAAUGCCGGUGCUAUCGCCUCGCACACAAUGGUGGUGGGCGAAAAUGCCACAGCAGAGCAACGCGUUGAUCGCAUAUUGAAGGCAUUGUCGAAACUGGCAGGCCGGGACUUGGAAGUGGAUGAGGAAGUCUACGAGGCCGAGCUCAAGGACGCGAACCGAAAUAUCGCCAUUUGCUACAUGCUCAAGGCGGCAGGCAUCAUUUCGUGUGAUCCACAGGAGGCUGCACGCGGUUAUAUCCGCCAAUGCUCUAUCAAAACCAACGUGCGCGACCUGGCCAUGAUGGCAGCAACUCUGGGCAAUGCCGGCAUACAUCCCAUCACCGGGGAGGAAAUUAUGCCACACCAAAGCGCCCGCCAGGUCCUGUCCGUCAUGACCACCUGUGGCAUGUACGAUGCUGCUGGUGACUGGGUGUCCCGGGUUGGCAUGCCCGCAAAGAGUGGCGUGGCCGGCGGUAUCAUCGGCACCCUUCCCGGCCAAGUGGGCAUCGCCGUCUUCUCUCCGAAACUGGACGGGCGUGGCAACAGUGUCCGAGGCGUCAAGAUGUUUGAGCAGCUCUCGUCCGAAAUGGGCCUACACAUGAUGGACAUCAGCCAGGUCGGCAGGGCUACCGUGCGUAUAUGGACUGUGACCAUUGUUGGCGGCGCCGAUCAACCCCACGAGUGUCCGCAGGAGGUGCCUGUCUUUGGUCUGCGAGGCGCCGUCCGUUUCGCGGGCUCUGAACGCCUUACUCGUGCUAUUGUGCGCGAGUUCACCCCUCCGACCGCUGCCAACCCCGAGUAUGGGCGACACAGAAAUGCUUGUGCCGUCAUAUUCUCAUUCAAAGACACUUAUUCCCUAAACUACGUUGCGCAGCGCAUCAUUGGUGAGGAUAUCCGUCGCCUUCUUGACGCAGGUAGGAAUGUGGUGGUGAUAGACCCUUCCAAGGUCCUCAGGAUUGACGGAAACCCUGCUUUUAUGGCUAUAUCCCCUCGAGUGGUCAACGACGAAGCUGAGGCGCGUCAUUAUAUCGGUGGUCGAGGCUGCAGGGCCGUCUCCAUUAGUGAAGAUUGGUGA